AUGAAUGUUGGGGCAGACCAAGCCCCGCAAACAAAUGGCGGCGACGGAGCGCAACACCAACACCAUAGCGCCAACGGAGACUCAGACCUCUCCCAGAUAUUAGAGGCGCUGCAGGCCAUAUACGCAAACAGUUCGACCAAUGAUACCCGCCGACAGGCAACCGAAUACCUCGAGCAAGCAAAACGGCACCCCGAAGCGCCUUCCCAUGGUCACACGCUCGCCCUCGACCGCUCGCAGCCCGCUCCGCUCCGCUACUAUGGCCUUACUAUGCUGGAAUACUCGAUAAAAUACAGCUGGGAGGAUUUCACAGUAGAUCAGGGAACAGCGUUGAGGGGCUAUGCGAUCGAUCUUGCACAAAAUGUGUCCGAAGGCGAGCCGGUCUUCAUCAGGAACAAGAUCGCGCAGCUAUGGACAGAAGUUGCGAAACGCAGUUGGGGUGCCGAGUGGCUGGAUAUGGACCGGCUACUCGUCUCAUUGUGGACCACUUCGUUACACCACCAGGCUGUUGUCCUAUACGUCCUGGAAACACUUUCCGAGGAAGUCUUCAACCGCGAAGACGCUACAGCAGGCCUUCGAGGUAGCGACUUGGGACGAGCAUGUGUCGAGAUUUUCACACCGCUCGCCGUCAUACAAGAACAACUCCCUACACGCGAGAAGAGUCUUGAUGUGCGGUGUGGAGACGAAGGGUGGCUGAAGAGGCUAUGCGACAACUUGAGCUGGUGCUUGGGGCAGGACUACCAGAACCAAGAGGCUGUCAAAGCGAACGCGAUCAAGACCAUGCAUGCGCUUAAGGCGGCUAUGCCAUGGAUUAUGCCCAAGGCCAUUGCUGCGACGCAAGUCAUCGAGGCUGUCUGCAAGGCGCUGGCGACCCCAGCCGUGGAGAUGCAGAUUGCCGCCGUCGAGACUCUCCAAGCCAUCUAUAACCGAACCCACCUACACGACGACGAGUUUGUGGAGCUUGUAUGCCCCAUGUUCACUCCUGGCAGUGUUUCGCUCCUGCGAGAAGUAUACAAUUGGACGCUCACGGAUAUGGAUGUGAAUGAUAUAGAUGACCAGAAAUAUAUGCUCUGCAAGAGACUUUCCGAAUUGGCUAAUAGCCUUGGACUGUUCAUUGAGCAAAAGCCCCAAUCUAUACCCGAUGGCAGCGACCUAGCGGGCAUAUUCGGUUUCCUGUACGACGUUAUGCGCAACCCUAGCCUCGUCGUCUCUAUACCCGUCCUCCAUUGUUGGACUAAGUUGAUACGAUCGAGCAUUGUGCGAGACUCCGAUGUCGUCAACUCCAUGGUUGGCGGACUACUCGAGACAUGUUGCGCCCGACUCAUCCGAUACGAAUCAUUGCCCGAAGAUACUGAAGACGUCACAUUGCAGUUUCUCAACGAAGAUAUUGAUACAGUGCCUGAGCGUCAUGCCUUUUUGGGCAACUACCGCCGGUUUUGCGCAGAUGUGAUCGAGGUCUUGGUUCGCAAGACGCCCGUUGAGGCUAUGGAGCAUAUCCUUGCCCAGGCAACAAACAUGUUUCAUAACCUGUACAAUGGCCAGCCCUCUUUCCAACGUCAAACCUUCACCAAGAAUUCUCCGCAAGUUCUUCAGGUUGAUGCGCAAGUCACUGUCAUCGAAGCUGCACUGAAGGGAUACAUGAAGUGGCAGCAAGGGCAAGGCGAAGACGCACAAGAGAAUGAAAGGACGCGCAACACUCUGGAAGACUCGCUCGAACAGUGGGGCAGGCAAAUUUUGAACGCCCCGUUUGACGACCCUGAAGUCGGGAGGAAGAUAAUCUCGUUGAUGGCAACACUUUCAACAAAGGCUCUCGGUGACCGGCCAGGUUUCGCUCUUACCUUCCUGGAGUAUAUGCUUACAAUACGGUUAGCCGAUGAUACAAACUACCCACAAUACUCCGAUGCUGUUAAAGACCUCGAGCGCAUAUGCAGCCUUGAGAUGCAGAAACUAGCGAUGAAGUUUGCUGACGACUUUAUGAACGUCUACGAGCAACUAGAGGCAAAGGUCGAUGAGAUGAUAAAUGAUCCAACGACUGACGAACGCCAGCGUAUGGCGUACUCCGCUUUCCUUUUCAUCAUCAUACAUAGAUGUACAACUUUAGAACGCGCCACACAAGAAGAGCGCAUGAGGCAGAUGCUCAACAGCGUCAAGGAUGCUUGGCGCAACGAUGAGUUCACCGAGGCUAUCUCUUCAUUCCAAUCUUUCUGUGGCGUGUUGGGCAUGGGUCAACUGCCCGAAUUUCUAUCUGCAAACAACUUCCGUGGCGUUCAGGAUUGGUCUGAUCAACAACUGCCUAGUGAUGGCCAGGCAUUGCAGGCCUCAAUCCUUGAGCGCUCCCAACAUCUCCCACUGCGACUCACUAAGACGCUACUGGCAGCGUCGACGGAGAAGCUUCGCGAUGGUACUGCUGCGUAUGAGACCGCGGCAAUACUAUGGGCUGAGGUCAUACCUGUGCUGCUUCCCAACCUUCUUCAGCUCGUGAGCCAUGCGCAAGCGUUCAAUGACAUUGAAAGCAAUUGGUCACACUUGCCGGUAGAACUACAGCAGGUUAUUCGGAGAGUACUGACGGACCGGUUCUGGCAAGCGGGCAUAUCGACGGAGAGCAGAGAUGAUUUCUUUGCGAGAGUCAGUGGUUCCAAGUCGACAUAUGAGGGUUUCGCAUCGACAGUACGAGGCACUGUACGACAGAUUAGAGAGAGCUCGUACUACAUACUCUAUUCGCUGACAAGAUUCCGAGACUUCUUCUAUGGCAUACAAGAUUUGCCGGGGCCGCUGAGUCAAGCGCUGUUCGGUCAUGCUGGCGCUUUGACUGCGCAUCAUCUAUCCGUUUUACUGACAGUAUCUACCCAUCUCAUUGAAGGUUGCCCAGCACGGUUACGGUCACACUUCCUACCACCCAUGAUACAAGGGCUGUUCAGGGAGCUCGAUCGAAAGAUUUCCGGAGAGUGGAAUGAGGUUGCCCGACAAGUGGCGGAGUCAGGGGACAACGACAACUUGACGGACGAGAUGAAGACGGAAAGCAUACUACGUCAGCUCACCUAUUCGUCUGUCUCGCUUGUCGCUGUCUUGCUCGAUUCGAGGCAGGAAUUUGCCCGUCACGAUGAGCAUGGCCGGAAGGAAGCCAACGCACCGCCCAUGUGCGACUUCAUCCUCGCAACUCCUGCAGUUCUCGAGCCCAUCCUCCUUUUCUGCAACUCAACUAUCCGUGUUCGAGAUACCAGGUCCGUCGUCACAAUCGUCCGUGUAAUGCGUACCCUGCUUCUACAGUUCAAAGAGAAAUCCCCAAUUCGCGACUACUUUUGCAACGAUAUACUCAAGUCAGCUAUCACGUCCCUCCACGAGCCCUACUUUGUGGAUUGCCAGAAGGAGCUUGCCUCCCUUAUUGCCGGCAUUAUCCACCUGGACGAAGACAUACCGCGCUCGAUCAUCCUGUCUCUACCCGGCAUGGGUGACCAAUACCGUGUCGACCGCCGUCUUGCAAAACUCCGCGCCGCCAACAGGUCGGACGAACGUAUGCAACGCAGUAUCGUGCUCGAUCUUUUGAGUAGCAUCAAAGGUGUCAGUAUUCACGAGCAAGGCAAGAUCCACAGACCAAAGGCCAAGCCCAGGUCCGCCAUGAUGGAGCAGUAUAUGAGUGUGGAUCAGCAGCCAACUAUAGUUAGAGGGACUUCUCCAGGCUUAGCAGGAGUGGCAGAUAUGUUUGGAGAGUCGUAA